UAUUCGACGCGAGCAAGAACAAGACAGACAUUAUUUUAUCACAAAGUUUCUCAUUCUUUAGUUUUAUUUUGUGUUUUUUGUUUAAAAACAUAAAAAUCAGCCAGAGCAGGCCAGCAACAUACAACAGCUGAUAUAAUUAAAUGUCAAUUAAAGGCCUGUAAACGAUAACAUUUAUGCAGAUAUUCUCAAUCACAACACACGCACACAAAUACAUAAACACUUGUAUAUUGCGUAAAAAUACGUGGACGCAGUAAAAAGCAAACUGAAACCGAAUUUCAAAUCGUAACCAAUUCUUCCAAGUCUGUCUGCAGCUGUGCACACAAAGACGACCAUCCCCCCGACUCUAGCUUCAUUGAUUGUUGCGCACACACGCAUGGAUCUGUCAGCUUCAACAUCAUUCAGCAACUCGACAAUGGGCACGCCAGAACAGAAAAGCAAAUCGUAUGUGGAUGAUGCUACUUUAUAUGACAGUGCACUGGAUCACCAGCUAUCUACAACGAUCUUUAAGUCCUGCAAUGAGAGCCUUGCUGACGAUGUGAAUCAUAGCGCAGCACACACAAGUGAUAUACACGCUCUCAAUGGCAAUGCGCACAACAAUUUCAAUGCAAACUCGUCAGGUGCAACAGCGGCCAUUAAUGCUAGUCUACUAUUAAUACAAUCCGAAAGCACGGAUACGAACACCUCGCAGGAAGAGGUGGAUCCGAAGUCUCAAUUGGCCAACAAGACAAUAUUUAAGACCGAUAAUCCCGAAAAUCUGUCAAUUAUAGAAAUCAAUGAUAACUCGCUAAAGGAGGAAGAUCUGGAAAAGAAAGUGGUGCUUAUUGAGGGCUUGUCCCAGGAUGAUAACAAUGAAGAUGUAGAGAAGGUCAAAAGCAUAUUGAGAAAAUCGCCCAACAAAGCUGCGGAUAGCGUGACGGAGAAGAGAGCCAGUGGACGCAAGUCUGAUUUGUUGCUGCAGUCCAGCAAGCAAAAGUUGGACAUUUCUAUAGCUGAAGCCUCUGCAGCCGCAGAUGCUGGCAACGAUAAGCGGCUGCCGCUUGCUGUAGCAGUGGCUAGCAAUGAUCAUCCGCAGACCAAGCGUGAGAUCAAAAUCUAUGAUUCGUUGGAUGAGUUCGAUCAAAAUUUGCCCUCAACGGUGACGCUGCUAAAUACGCCAUUUGGUAGCAAGGUCUAUCUAGUGGGUACGGCGCACUUUAGCGAAGAAUCACAGGAUGAUGUGUCACUUGUAAUUCGUAAUGUCCGUCCAGAUGUUGUCAUGGUUGAGCUAUGUCCAUCACGCGUACACAUAUUGAAGCUUGAUGAGAAAACGCUGCUGGAGGAGGCCAAGAAUAUUAAUAUACCCAAGAUACGUGGCAUACUCCAGACUCAUGGCUAUAUUAAUGGCAUCUUCUUCAUACUAUUGCUGCAAAUGAGCGCACAAAUUGCCAAGGAUCUUGGCAUGGCUCCUGGUGGUGAGUUUCGUCGUGCCUUUGAGGAGAUCAAAAAGCUGCCUGGCUGCAUUUUACACCUGGGCGAUCGACCUAUACGCAUUACACUCUAUCGUGCGCUGCGCGCUUUAUCCUUGUGGCAGACCACGAAGCUAGUGUGGCGUCUCACAUUUACCGAUAGCAUAAGCAUUGAAGAGGUGGAGGAGUGCAAGCAGCGUGAUUUGCUGGAGAAACUCAUGCAGGAGAUGGCAGGCGAAUUUCCAGCUUUCUCGGAUGUCUUCGUGCGUGAGCGCGAUCUUUAUUUGUGCCACUCGUUGCAGCUGGCUGCGUUGCCACAAGCGGCGCCCGGCGCUCAUCAGGUACGUCCAGUGCGCGUGGUGGGUGUUGUGGGCAUCGGCCAUGCCAAUGGCAUUGCCAAGAUGUGGGGUCAAGUGGAUCCAGAGAAAAUACCUGCAAUACUUGAAAUACCACCCGCCAGUCUGGGUCAACGCAUCUGCACGCACACACUCAAGUACGGUCUGAUUGGUCUCGGCUGCUAUGGAGCUUUUCGCUUUUUGCGGCCGCGUUUGACGCGCUUUUUUUAAUUUGCAAGGUUGUGGACCAAGUUUUCUAUUUUUGUUGACUUUUAAAUAUACAUAUUUUAAAUUUAAUGUCAUUGGCAAAAGUUUGUAGUAUUGUAUGUAAUCGAUGGAAUGUAUGUAUUGUAUAUACGCUGAUAAUUGAUAUUGAAAGAGACAUUCAAACAUAUUCCUGGUUUUUAAAACCCAAACAACAACUAAUGUUAUUAUUGUAAUCAAAACAUAUUUGUGUAAAAUAUCUAAUGUACAUAUGAUUGGGUCUUGUAAUCCCAACUUGUUGAACUCAAAACUUAUUGUCAUUCCCCCUUAGGCGUGUAUGUGUGUGCAUGGUUUCUUGGCAGGCUUAAUCCAUCAUUAUAUAUUGUAAAAAUAUUAGGAGAGCGGCACGUCUGCAUGUAUGUAGCGUAGCUGUAGUCGUACCAGUACCCGCCUAAAGUAGUUGAUCUUAAUCUUUUGCCGACAUAUUAUUGAUGUUCAUUCCGUAGUACGUCUUGAAAACUUAGUUAGUAGCGUUUAAAGUUAAGUGAUGAAACGUGAUGGACCUUCGUCAAUGGCCGUGUGUUAAAUGUUGCAUAUUAUCUUGAGAUAUUUACAAUAAAACAAAUCGAAACCGAACAUUAAAGAUCUACCUUAAAAAAAUACUUUAUUAACUAUUAACUACAUAUUUUAGAUGUAAAAAAAAAGCGAAUGGAAUAAAUAUUAUUGAAAAUAUACCAGGAAUUGUAAACCUGUUGUUUCCCAAAUAAAAAAACUCAGUCACAUACACUGCAA